AUGUUCGCCCGCUGCGAAAGCCCAGUAUGGCGCGCCGAUGACUUUACCGAGUGCUUCGAGCAGGACUAUCUGCAGACGCUGCUCCCAUUGAUAAUAUGUGGCCUGUCCUUCCUGUACCUCUUGCUGCAGCUCUACCGCGCAUGGCAGCAGUCCAAAUACUACACGGCAUAUCACUCCCUGAACUCGUGGUGCAACGUCUGGUCCUUCCGCCCUGUCCAGCACAGCCUGGGCACCAAUCCCUUCAUCCAGGACAGCGAGUCGGACACUGAGGACGAGCUCGAGCGGAAUGCGGACCUUGCCCUGGUCCCGACGAGGACAAACGACUCUUUCGUGGAGCUGGACAGACCGAAGGGUGAGGUGCUUCUGGUUGUGGUCGAGGAACUGGCGGUGCUCGGCGAAUUGGCUAUACAUGUGGCGGCUCUGAUUGAAGGCAAGGGAACGCUUGUGUCGAGGGUCUCGGGAGUUGCGGUCUGGGCAUACAUCACGGUCCUGGCCUCUGCGAGACUGCUGUUUUCCAAUGCGAAACGGCUAUCCUUUCCCAGGCUCUGGUUCCACACCGCCUCGCUCUACUGCUUCCUCUGGCUCUUCGAGAUCCUUCUCUUCCGCUCGGCUAUCAUCCAUCCGAAGUCCAGGCUUGGGCAAAACCUCACCAUCGCGGAUUUCGCUCUCACAACGUUACUGGCCGUCAUUGCACUGACUUCGCGCAAGGGCAACCGCCCUGUGGAGCUGGAGUAUGAAGGCCACAUUAAACCCUCCAAGGAGCAGACCGCCAGUGUCCUAUCUCUCGUCACUUUCGGAUGGGUUGACGGCAUUGUAUGGCAAGGGUACAAGAAAACGUUCGAGAUGGCCGAUGUCUGGAACCUGGCUCCGAAGGACAAGGCCAAUGCUAUUCUCGCGCAGUACAGGCAAUUCAGGAAGACCCAGGCGCUGUCAUGGCACCUGCUGCGUUACUUCCGCUAUGAGCUCUUGAUCCAAGGAGCGUGGGCCGCGUGCUCGGGUUUUUUCCUUUUUGUUCCUACGAUACUCCUCAAGCUCAUUCUAGAGUACGUUGAGAACCCUUCUGCGACGCCCCGCAAUGCUGCUUGGUUCUACGUCAUUCUGCUUUUCCUAUCAGGCAUCACCUCCGCUCUCGCCGACGGCCAGGCGCUGUGGAUUGGACGCAAGAUCUGUAUCCGUCUUCGAGCUAUCAUCAUUGGAGAAAUCUAUGCCAAGGCUCUAAAGCGUAGGGCCGCCUCUUCUGGAGACAAGGUUCUGGGCGAGAAAAAGCCAGAGUGGUCAGAGUCGAAGCGGGAACGCUUCAAGAGGGUAAUGUCUUUCCGUCGCAAGAAGGCCAGGCCGGAGGCAUCGAAGGUCACGAGCGCGGCGGUUACAACUGGUGGUACGGACUCACAGGUCAGCUCUGGAGCCAUCAUCAACUUGAUGGCGGUGGACUCUUUCAAGGUUGCUGAAAUCUCCGCUUACCUCCAUUUCCUGUGGGCCAACACUCCCGUCCAAGUGGUGGUGUCGGUCGGGCUCCUGUACCGCAUCCUGGGUCUUAGCUCUGUCGCCGGAAUUGGCAUGAUGAUAUUCCUUCUCCCUAUCAACAUGCUCAUUUCCAAACGCUUUGCCGCUAUCCAGAAGCAGAUUCUUGCAGCCACCGACGCCCGCAUCCACACGACCAAUGAGAUUCUUACCAACAUUCGGAUCAUCAAGUACUUCGCGUGGGAGCAACGCUUCAUGGCACAAGUCAACGAAAAGCGUGCCGCUGAACUCGCCAAUCUCCGUCGCCGGUACCAAUGGUGGGCUGCUGCGGCAACCGUCUGGUCUGGUGCCCCAGUCAUCAUCACUUUCCUCUCCUUCUUCUUCUAUACGAUUAUCGAGAAGAAAGAUUUGGUCCCAUCCGUCGCCUUCACUGCGCUCUCGCUGUUCCAACUUCUCCGCAUUCCACUUGACCAGCUUGCCGACAUGGUCGCCCACGUCCAGGAAUCCAAGGUGUCGGUCGAUCGUAUUGAAGAGUAUCUGAAUGAGCCCGAGACGGACAAGUACAAGCAGCUUAAGAGCGAGGAGUUUGAUGAGAAUGAUGACCCCCUCAUUGGUUUCGAGCACGGUACCUUCAGCUGGGGCAAUGGAGAAUCCGCCAACGGUGAGCUAGAUGAUGCAUUCAAGAUGCUGGACCUGGAUGUACGCUUCCCUGUCGGACAGCUCAGCGUCAUUGUGGGCUCCACUGGAUGCGGCAAGACAUCUAUGCUCAUGGCUCUCCUGGGCGAGAUGACGCUUGUCCAAGGCAAGGUCUACCUUCCUGGCGGACGCUGCCGCGAGGAUAUGUCUCCCGAUCCAGACACUAAUCUUACCGAAAGCGUCGCUUACUGCGCGCAGCAAGCCUGGUUGAUGAACGGUACCAUCAAGGACAACAUCAUUUUUAACAGCCCGUUCGACCCCAAGCGCUACAAGGAUGUCAUUGUGGCUUGCUCACUGCAGAGAGAUCUGGAAAUCCUCGAUGGAGGUGACCAAACCUUGGUCGGUGAGAAGGGCGUCACGCUCUCCGGUGGCCAGAAGCAGCGAAUCUCUCUUGCUCGUGCACUUUACAGCAAAGCUCGCCACGUUCUGCUGGACGACGUGCUCAGCGCGGUUGACUCGCAUACUGCCAAGUGGAUUUUCGAUCAGGCGCUUCUGGGCCCCCUUAUGUAUAACAGGACUUGCAUCUUGGUCACGCAUAACGUUCAACUUUGCUUACCCCAUUCCGAAUUUGCAGUUCUUCUCGACAACGGAAGGGUCGCUGUUCAAGGCACGCCUAAUGAGCUCAUCGACUCUGGAAGGCUUAGCGAAGACCUUUCGAAGUCUCGCCCUGUCUCUCGCGCUCCUUCUCGAGUGGCUUCCCGCGUCCCCUCCGAUGUUGGAGGUGAAGAAGCUAUCGGGGAGAACGGACAUGCAAAUGGCAGUUCCAACGGCCAUGUCAGUGGCAUCAAGGAUGGCAAGCUGACAGAAUCCCAAGAAGAGACCAAGGCAGUCGGAGGAGUCAAAAUGGGCAUCAUCUUCAUGUAUCUCAGGUCAAUGGGUCGUUGGUGGUACUGGGUUGCCGCCUUUUUUGCUUUCGCCGCUCAGCAGCUCUCCUCCGUUGCGACGAAUAUUUGGAUUCGGCAGUGGGCCAACGCAUACAACGACAAGCAGGUCAGCAUCUUCGGCGUCCAUAAACAGACCAGCCACGUUACGCACACCAACAUCGUUACCGGUCUCGGCUCAUGCUUGACUAGCGGAAGCUGCAUCUGGCCUGUUCCCUGGUUCUCCUCGCAAGCAGACCACAGCAACUUCCACGACGACCUUCAAGUGUCCAUCGUCUCGAACAACAACUCUAACGUUGACGCUGGGUACUAUCUGGGUGUUUAUGCGGUCCUCGGGGUGCUUUUCAUGAUCAUCACACUCAGCAGAGAAGCCGUUCUGUUCUGGGGUUCCCUUGGCGCGUCUAGGAGAAUCCAUCAACGCCUUGUCAAUGCGGUCAUGCACGCCAAGUUCCGUUUCUUCGACUCCACACCUCUAGGCCAGCUCAUGAACCGCUUUUCCAAGGAUAUCGAAUCUAUCGACCAGGAAAUCGCCCCAGUCGCAAUUGGUGUUGUCCACUGUUUGGCUUCCAUCAUAACCGUCGUCGUCCUCAUCUCCGUCAUCAUCCCCCAAUUCUUGAUCGCUGGUAUCUUCAUCAGUGGUCUGUUCUUCCUCAUCGGCAUGUUCUACAUCAACGCCUCCCGCGACUUGAAGCGUCUGGAGUCUGUACAGCGCAGUCCACUUUACCAGCAAUUUGGAGAGACUCUGUCUGGCAUGACAACUAUCCGUGCAUACGGUGACGAACGUCGCUUCAUCCGCGAGAAUUUGAACCGCGUAAACAGCCACAACCGGCCCUUCAUCUACCUGUGGGCAGCCAACAGAUGGCUUGCAUUCCGCGUUGACGUGGUGGGCUCCAUGGUUUCGUUCUUCUCGGGUGCAUUCAUCCUCCUCAGCAUCGGCCGUUUGGACGCUGGUGCAGCAGGACUGGCAAUGACUUAUGCGGUCACCUUCACUGACAACGUGCUCUGGUUUGUGCGGCUUUAUGCGGCCAAUGAGCAGAACAUGAACUCUGUGGAGCGGAUCAAGGAGUACCUUGAUGUUGAGCAGGAGUCGCCUCCGAUUGUUGAGGACAACCGGCCGCCCGCUAACUGGCCCAGUCAGGGAUCAGUUGAAUUCAUUGCCUACAGUACGAGGUAUCGCAAAGACUUCGACUAUGUCCUCAAAGGCAUCACGUUCAAGAUCCUGCCCGGCGAAAAGGUUGGCGUUGUGGGCCGGACAGGUGCUGGCAAGAGUUCUCUUGCUCUUGCAUUGUUCCGCGCAUUAGAAGCAGAGGAGGGCAAAAUCCUGGUUGACAACGUCGAUAUUGGCAUGAUCGGAUUGCAGGAUCUGCGGGAGAACAUUGUUAUGGUUCCGCAAGAUCCGACAUUGUUCAGCGGAACAAUCCGCAGCAAUCUCGAUCCCUUUGGCCUCUUCACUGACGAGGAGAUCUUUACCGCGCUUCGUCGCGUCCAGCUCGUCGGGUCCGCAGCAACCUCCGCACAGACGACGAGACCGCCAUCGCCAGUCGGGUCGUCCAACGGCGUCAAGUCCAAAAAGAACGGACCGAACGACAAAAAAGAUCAGUUGAGGUCGGCAGUUGCCGCAGUCAAGAGCGCCACGAUCAACGCCUCCGAAGCCUCGAACCCCGGCACGCCGUCGUCCGAGACGCUCGAGAACAAGAACAUCUUCCGCAACCUCAACUCGACCGUGUCGGAGUCGGGCAGCAAUCUGUCUCAGGGGCAGCGGCAGCUGCUCUGCCUGGCGCGGGCGCUGCUCAAGGCCCCGAAGGUGCUGCUGAUGGACGAAGCGACGGCGUCGAUCGACUACGCGACCGACAGCAAGAUCCAGGAGACGAUCCGCGAGAUCCGCAACACGACCAUCACGAUCGCGCAUCGUCUGCAGACCAUUGUCGACUACGACAAGGUCCUGGUUCUGGACAAGGGUGAGGUGAUUGAGUUUGGAGACCCGUGGGAGCUGAUGCAGCAGAAGAAGGGCAUCUUCCGCGGAAUGUGCGAGAUGAGCGGCGAUUUGGACGUGCUGGAGCGCGAGGCGAAGAAGGCGAGUGAGGGGAGGAGGUUGAUGGAUGGGGAGAGUAGUCAAUAA